GACUGUCUCUCUGUUGCAUACCAUGCGACUCCAGAGGGAAAAUGGCUAUGGAAGAAUUCAACACCUUUAUCAAAAGCCAAGUCGAUGACAUUGACUCCAUAGAAGCCUAUGUGAACAUCAAGCGGUUUGCCAAAGUCACAGAGAAAAAAGUCCUGGACUACCUUGAGGAUGAAGUCGGCAUACUGGAUAAAUAUGCUAUAUCCGAAAUUGCGUCUGAAUAUAAAAAAUCUGUGGACGUCAUCCAGGAUAUAGGUUUUAAGGAGGUCCAGCUUCUUCACAUCAUUGGACUCCAUUUCCAGCGACUCAAAGAAAAGCUCAAGGUUAUCGUCCAGGACUCAAAACAACGGAGGUGUCCAAAUAAACAAGGUGCAGACAGCUGUGGAUUAAUGGUGCAAACCUACAUCAACUGUAAGACCUGCUCCGAGGAGAAGGUUGUCUGCGCCGGGGGCCCUCCAAAAAAUCAAGACUACUUGGAGAGAUGCAGCUGCCUAUGCACCUCCAACAGAUGUUUCGAUCUGAAAACUGGACGGUCCUGCUCUCCAUGUAAAGAUCACAAGUCUCACCUGGCAGAGACUGUAAACUGUGGAGAGAUAAAUAUAAAAAUCCCAGAAUAUGAAGAACUAAUUCUGGACUGUACUUUUGAAUGGUACGCGAGGCUGGAGGAAACCUAUAACAACGUGUUCACCCUGCAUCGUGAACACAAUCCCAAAAUCACCCGGGAGCCCUAUCUAGUGAUCAAGGGCGUACAGAUGGGGGACUCCGGACGGUACACGUGUACCACCAUCCUGGACUCUGAGGUGCCAGUGAGUAAGAUCACCUAUAACGUGGCAGUUAUCAGCGGAUCGGAACAGGCGACAAAAACAUACCAUCCUCGCCCUACACUUCCUGAUGUGCUUGACAUCACAGCGCCUGAGCCGCCACUUCUAGAGGAGCUACGGAACAACAAUGCUUCCCUCAUAGCAAUAUCUGUGGCCGGCUCCGUCACCAUCAUGCUGAUCGCUGGCAUAUGCAUCUGCAUGUUCUGGAGGAAAAUGAAAUCUAGAGAGCCUCUGGAAAAAGAGCCAGUGUGAAGGCGAACCGUCAAGCACCAUCCUGUACUGCCACCUGCCAGGAAAAAAAAAACUUAAAAUUUUAACCUUUCCCCAAAAAAAAAAAAAAAAAAAAAUUCCCUUCCCCAUUUCUCCCUACCCUUUCUCUCCCUUAUCCCCCUCCAUAAAAAAAAAAAAAAAAAAAUGUUUCCCAAAAAAUGAAUAAUGAUCUUCCCUUCCCCUU